CGUUAAUAACCCUAGCCGCCGUCCACCGCAUUGCUCUCAACCGAGGGAAACUGUCCACUCCUCCUACAUUGUUUACUCCUUUUACUCUCGUCUUCGUUUCAUUCAAGUCUCUCUUCACCAAAACAAGCCAUUCACCAUGUUGGCUCUUCGUCGAGCUUCCAAUCCUCUCAAGGUAUUUUCUAAUUAUCUAGAAGCCAAUUCUGGAAGUAUUUGUUCAGAGUUCUCUCUGGUGGGGAGAAGCAUUUCUUCACAAGCUAGUGCAAAAAGUGGUGAAUCAGAAAAUGCCUAUUUUUCUCUUCCAGGUUCGUCAAAGAUUGGAUUGCCUGAAUCACGAGUCUUGUAUACUGUGUUAAGAUCACCCCAUAUUGAUAAGAAGUCCAGAGAACAAUUUUUCAUGGAAAUUAAGAAAACAUUUAUGGUCAUGAAAACAGAAUCAAAUGAAUUGCGCAAGAAGUUGUUUUGGUUAAAACGCCAACGUUUAUUUGGAGCUCAAUAUGAAAUCAUACUUUCUUGCAAGACCACUUUGGACAAGGGAAAACUCCAAAAAUUACUACAAUGAACUAGAAUGGUGUUGUUCUUGAAAAGUGGAUGGUAUAAGGAAAAAAGAUAUGGGUCAGGUUGAGAUCUCUCUGGCCAAGCUCUAAAUCUUCAUGAACAUCAGGGCCCUGCAUCUGAUUUGAUAAAAUGCUCUUUUCUGUGUUAUCAGUUGUUUGUGUUUCUUUUCAACCAAAUUUUCCAUUUAACUUGGUAGAUGGUUAGCUGUUCAUGUGACUAUUUAUCUUAAUUAUCCAUUGCAAUAAUUUGAUAAAGGAUUCUAAAUUGGAUGUCAAA